UGAAAAUAAAUAAAAUUUCGUUUACAAACAAACCUGGGAUGUUCUUUCGAUUUUCAGAGUAAAAUUUCGUGAAAAAAGUGAAAAACCUUCGUAUAUUUUAUUGGAACUUGUCCACUAUGGAAACUGCUGUGCAGCAACCCGUGAUAUCAAUGAAAACUCAGGAAAGCACAGCGUCAAGGUGGACAUUAAACGAUUUCUGCCGCACCUGCCUACUACGGAAGGAACCCUUGCUGCCGCUGACUAGUGACUUUAACGGUACCAUGAUCCCGGAGAUGCUUUGGAAGGUGUCCGGUACGCUACUUAAUGUGCUCGAGCAGCUACCGCGGACCAUUUGCGAUCACUGUUUGGCCAAACUGGACCUGGCGUACAACAUCGCACAGGAGUUUCGGAAACAAGAGGAACUGCUGAGAAGUUUCUGCUGGAAGGGCGCAUUGAUCGAACAGUUGGACGGGUUCCAGAAAACCGAGGAUGCCUUCAAAGUGCCAUACUCGGACGAGGUGCUAGAGAAAUUAACACACGCGAAACAGCAGUUCAGGCGAACUGAGACAAAUACGCCAGUAGAGGUAUCAGAGGAGUGUUUGACUCCAACUGUCGAGGAAGUGGGGGAAAUAUCCGAAUUUGUGGAAGAAGGAACCUCAUUGGAGAAAGAAAACCCGCCAGUGAUAAAGGAAAAAUCUACAUCUGUAAGGGACGUGGUACCAUCUGCAGAUGAAAUAAUUCCACCAGCAGAGCAAGUUGGUGAUUACUGUGUGGAACAAUUGGACGAUAUCAUAGAAAUGGAGAAUGAUGUGAUUGAAGAGGAUAUUCAAGCGGAUGACCAUUUCGAGAUGAUUGUCGACGAAUCUAGUACAGCUACAGAAAGUUCAGUACAAGAGAAGACCACCAACGUUGUUGUUCCGGAAGAACAUUCUAUAAACGAUGAUGUACAUGUAAAGAAGGAAGAAUCUGAUAAUGAAACGGUGCAAUCGGAGGUUUUUUCCAUGUUGAUACCUAAGGAAGAAAAUGAAGAAUGGAUAGAAACAGAAGAACGACUAUCGGAAGGAAUAGGAGAUGGUAGCGAUUCGGAACAAUUGGCAAUCAUAAGCUGUGGUGAAUCGGGAGAUUCCCAAGAUCGUAAUUGGUAUGGUCAGCCGCCUUCCGGCUUAGAGGUUGUAAUGAUUGAUCAAGAGGAAUACAUUCGACCAAUCCAGGGAGAAUCGAAAUCAAGGAAUCAAAGUAUGAUGGAAAAAGAACCGACGAAUCCAUCUGAACAAAAUUUGAAAAAAGGAACCAAUGCCGAUGGUUUAUAUGAGUGCAAAUUAUGUGAUCGCACUUUCUCUGUGCAGAAAACGUAUCUGAAUCAUCGACGAAGUCAUGAACACGUUUUUCACGAGUCGUUUAAAUGUCAACAGUGUGAGAAGGUCUUUGGCACGAAAAAUCGUUUGAAGCGACACGAGGAGAUCCACACCCGAGACCUGUCCUGCAAAGUGUGCGGUAAAGAAUUCUCAAACGGCCAUGAACUGCGAGCUCAUCAACCGCUCCACCUAAAAGGCAAGCGCAAAUGCUCGUCGUGCGAUUUUGUGUCGUACACAAGGGAACAAAUGAAGGAGCAUGUACGAACGAGUAAAUGUGCGAAAUCGCACAAGCCGCCGCCGAAACCUCCCAAGCUGAAAAAUACCAAUUGCCCAUAUGAAGGAUGUAGCUACAAAGCCACUACGUACGGCGCGAUGUAUGUGCAUAAACGAGCCAAGCAUCUGGCGGUGUUCGAGUGCGAAAUUUGCGACAAAAAGUUUGCGUUCGCCAAUCAACUCAAGCAGCACGAAUCGAUUCACACCGGUGAGAAGCCCUUUGAGUGUGACUUAUGUGCGAAGACGUUUCGGCGGUUGUUCAGCUUCAAAGAGCACAUGGCUAUUCACGAGGGUCAGGCAAUCUAUGAAUGCGCCAUUUGCGGCAAAGUGUUUUCCCGGCCUCGGUACCUGGCGGCACACGUGGCUACGCACUCCACGAAGCGGCCGUUCGAUUGCACGAUGUGUGGCACCAACUACAAGACGAAAGGCGAACUGACGAAACACAUCCGGGCGAAGCACGAAUCGCUGGAGUACGGCAACAGUACCGAUCUCAUAGAGGAGGAUUACGAUUACUUUGAGGAUGAGAUAUACGUUGAACGUAGUUAUUCUGAACACGACGUCAACCAUCAUUUGCCGAAUGGAGCAUUCAUAACUUUUAAAUAGCUUCGCUCCC